AUGGCGGAGAUCAUCGUCCACGGCCAGGUCGUGGGCCGCGCCGCCGACGCCUCUCAAUUCGAGUACAAGCCGACGGUGCAGGUCGAAUGGGGCCAUUUGCAGCCCGGCGUCUUCCGCUACCUCUUCAUCCCGCGGAACCAGCUCAAGGACGGCGACGACGACGACUCGUCCGUGAGCUCCUUCAGCGACAGCGACGACAGCGAGCACCGCGCCGAGAAGGAGAUGAAGGAGAAGCUGAAAAAGGACCAGGAAGAUCGCGAGAACGCGGACUCGGGCACGCGCUCCCGCGGCCUGAGCCUCAUGAGCCGCUUCGCGCACAAGGGCCAGGCGCGCGCCCAGGAGAUCGCGAAGAAGGGCGCCCAGUACUUCGACCAGGAGGAGGCCAAUUUGAAGGAAGAGAAACAAAAAAAAAAGGAGGAGAAGAAGAAGCGCGAGGAGGACGCGGACGAGACGCCCCAGUGGGCCAAGGACGCGGGCUUCAAGCUCCUCCUCAAGGGGCUCAUCGAGGAGGACGGUCUAGAGAUGGAGGAGGAGCCGCCCCACCCGGCGGAGCAGAUCAACCACCUGCCGGAGCUCAUCGGCCGCGUCAUCGGCUACCUGAAUCCCCGGAGGAUCGGCCGGGCCGUGGGCAUCUCGCGCGCGUGGGCCAACGUCGGCUACCAGGACCCGCUCUACUACUGCCUCGUGCAGAUCGGCGUGCCCGCCGUGACCAUCUACGCCUUCGACAACCGCAUCGACGCGGUCCUCAACUGCGGCGACGCGGUGCUCGCGUCGGGCGAGAAGGUCGUCGCGGCGUUCGACGUGAACAGCGGCGAGUUCCUCGGCGAGACGGCGAUCCGCGACACGACGGUGAUCCCCAAGCUCUUCACGGCCUGCGGCUCCCUCUGGAGCGGGUCGCACAACGGCGCGAUCCGCGAGUGGUCGCUGCCGCACAAUUUGACGAACAUCGAGUUCCGCGUCCAGAUGUGGGAGCACAACGCGGUCAUCAACGACAUCGUGUCCACGGACGCGAACCCGAACUUCGGGGGCAUGACGCAGGAGAUGCCCUACAUCUGCACGUGCUCCGACGACCGCACGGUCCGCGUCUGGAACCCCGUGCAGCACAACUGCGACGCGGUGAUCCGGCCGUUCAACCACCACUGCGCGACGAUGCGCACGCUGUUCGUGUCCAAGGACCACCUCUACGUCGGGUCGAGCGACGGCGUCGUCUACGUGUAUGCGGUGGACGGGUCGACGCGGUCGCUCGCGAACCGGCAGAAGAAGCGCGUCGGCGUCGAGGCGACGUACCCGCUGGAGGUCGAGCUCUCGAACGGCGAGGAGGUCGUCUCGGCGAUCAAGAUGUCCAAGGAGCGCACGAAGGACGCGCGGCUCUACGUGGCGUCCUGGGACGGCAAGCUCCGCGUGUGGACCGUGCCCCGCGACGACCUGGAGUACGAGCUCGUCUUCACGCUCGAGCACCACGGCCAGCGCAUCACGGAGGUGCUCGUGUCGCACCGCCACUUCAUCACGUGCUCCGACGACGAGACGAUCCGCUACUACGGCCUCUGCCACGGCGACGCCUACGACACGGCGCUCGAGCGCAAGGUCGAGUGCGGGUCCCGCGUCAAGUGCCUCUCCGCGACGCCGGGCGACCCGGGCGUCAUGCUCGCGGGCCUCGCGGACGGGCGCGUGCUCGUCUUCGAGUUCGGUAAGAUCAUGUGA